GGUAUUUCGAAAGUAGCUAAAAUGUAAAAAUGAGGUGUGAAAAGUGUUACCGAUUGUGAAUCACAUCUUUUCACAGUAUUACUAUCGUCAUCUAACGGCAAAGUUUCAAAUUAAAUUGUGGUUUCAUAUUUCACAACUUGAUAGUGAUAGUAGAACUUUUGAAUUGGUAUAUCAUAUUACUAUCAAUGAUUGGUUUUCAUCAUUUGUAGCAAAACCGGAAAUAGAUAAAAAAGAAAGAGAAAGACAGAAAUACAAAUAAAAACGCAAGAAAUAUUGAAUAAGAGCGAAUGAGCAAAACAAAUAUUUUAUUAAAUCUCUUGCGACUUAUUUAAUAAUAAGGAAAAAAUGGGAGGUUGCAGUGCAGAUUAUUGUGUCAAUUCAUCGCAGAAAGGAUUUCAGAUGUGCAGGAUACCUCGAAAUGAAAAAAGAAGAACUACAUGGAUUGCUAAUAUCAAUAGAGAGGAUUGGAUUCCUGGUCCUGCAGCAUCACUGUGUCAUGUGCAUUUUACAGAGGAUAUGUGGGAAAAGACUCGAGAUGGGAAGCGACGUUUAAAAUCUGAUGCAGUUCCAACAAUUUUUGGUAAACACAUACCAGUGAAUACAAUUAAACAGGAAGUACAAGAACCCACACAAACUGAAUUAAAAACAGAAGCUCUAUAUCAAUCUUUGAAACCUGAGCCUGCCUUUAUUGUGAAAGAGGAAGAUAUAAUGUCGGAAAAUGAGGUUACAAAUGAAAUGCCAGAAAUUGCAGAACCAAAUGCAGAAGCUAGUGAUGAACUACCAUUACAACAAACAUCUUUUUGCAAGGAUAAUGAAAAUCAUAAAAUACAAGAAAGACUGCUGAGGUUGGAGAAAGUAUUAGAAGCUACUGAAAAAUCAAGAUUAAGAUUCAAAAAAGAACUAUAUGCUGCAAAACGUUGUAUUAAAACAUUGGAAAAUAAAAUUAUAAGUCUGCAAAGAAAUGCUGGUUCAGAAAAAUUAAAUGAAUCUGUUAGUGAAAUCUUAAAUAAUGACCAAAUUAAAGUAUUAACAAAAACAUACAAGAAAGUUCCUCGUUGGUGCAACAAGACGAACAAACAAUUAACGAACACUUAUAAAUUAAGACUUGCUUGUGGAACAACUGGGUACAAAGAAAUUUUACAUCAAAAUCUUCCAUACCCAUGUAUUAGAACAAUGACUAAAAAAAAUCGGCAGACCUAAAAUUUAAGAGUGACAUUGUUAGUGAGAUUUUAGAAUUUUUACAAAGCAAAAUCGUGUAUUUUGGUAAAUGUAUAAAGACUAUAGAUAGUUUUAGAUAAAAUUACAUCCAGUAUUUUCAUCAGGAAUGUGACAUAAUUUGGGCAUCCCAAGACAAGUCAGAGGAUUAUGAACAUUGUGAAUGAACUGUGUACUUUGCUUAUUCAAUUUUAUUUAAUAAUUGUAAAUAGAUUAGUUUUGGAGUAAUCCUAUAAGUAAUGUAUAUAAUGUAUAUAUGGGUACUUGUGGAUGAUACGUAUGUAGAUGUUGAAACGCUAGAUGUUUCAAGAUACCAAAAAAUCAGUGUGAUUUUUUUCAUGUAUGUAACUUUUAUUAUUCCUUUAUCAAAUGUAUGUAUAAUAUACAUGUAUCAUAACUAAAAAUGUUUCUACCUUUCAAUUUCCUACUUUAAUUUGUGUACCUAUUUUGUGAAAUUCGUUCUAAUAAUGAAGUUGUUCAAGUAGAUAACAAAAAAUAUACAGCUUCUGUUAAUUACUUUCGAACUAAAAUUAAUUAUGCAACAGUUAUCGGUAAUUUUUG